CUGUUAGAUGUCUUUGAAGACAAUUUUGGACGUUUUUGUGUUUUGAAAUGUGAGCAGAGAGUUUGUAGUGAAAAUUAGGCUAAACUACAACAAAUGGCAGAUUCUUAUUCGUUUGUAAAAGGCGGUAAACUGAAACUAAAGGGACACAAAGACAAGAAACACAAGAAGCACAAGAAAAGGAAACAUGAUGAAAUUGACACAGAUACACCAAAACCAGAGAAAGGAGAUAGUGAAAAACAUGGUGGCUGGUGGUUAGCUAAGAAGUUUGAUGACAUAUCUGGUAACACGGCUAUAGAGAUGAGUGAUAUGAGAUAUUUGGCUGCUCAAGAUAAUGGCAGAUUUAAACUGGGACCACCUAGGGAUGAAGGAGAGGAACCAGAUCCGAUAGAAAUACUGACAGCUGUAAAAGUUAAUGAGACAAAAAUAGCAUUGAAAUCUGGUUAUGGUAAAUACCUUAGUAUUGACCCAGAUGAUGGUGUUAUUGGAAGAGCUGAAGCUAUAGGAGCAAGGGAACAGUGGGAACCAGUUUUUCAAGAGGGUAGGAUGGCAUUGAAUGGCAGUAAUAAUUGUUUUUUAUCAUAUGAUGAUGAUGGAGAUAUUGUUUGCAAUAGUAAGAAAGCUGGUGAAAGUGAAAUGCUUAAAAUCAGACUAAAUGCAAAUAUAGAAUCAGACCCAUUUGCAAACAUACCUGUUGAAGAGAGAGGCAAAAUUAAAGAUGCAGAAAUAAAUUAUGUGAAGAAAUUUCAAAGCUAUCAAGACAGAAAAUUAAAAAUAAGUGCAGAAGAUGUGAGCAGUUUAAAGAAGGCUAAGAAAGGUGGCACGCUUCAUGAAUGUAUGCUAGACAGACGAGAGAAGAUGAAAGCAGAUAGAUAUUGCAAGUGAAGACUCACAUAUAGAAGAUACAAAUCUUACCAUAGACUUACAUGGCAGCUCUUAUGUGUUAAAAAGACUGGAGUGAAAGAAUAAAAAAAAACAGAUUCUGACGGGAUUGAAAUCAUGUUUAAUUUAACAUUAGUAUAGUUAAUGAUACAAAUGGUCUAUAAGUUUUGUGUAGUUUCUCCCACAACAUUUGCACAGAUGAACAUUUUAUUAAUUUAUUGACAAUGCAUCAGUUUUAUCAUUUGAUUGCUAUAUAAUUUGAAAAAUUUUUAAUGAUACUUUCCUUGUAUUGUAUUUUUAAACUUUAGAAGUCAUUAUGUUUUAUACAGUCAUUUUAUAUUAAACAUAUAUACAUUUG